UACACCUCUCUCUGACAAAAAGAAACAGCGAAAGGGAGAGAGGGCGUAUGAAAGAGAGCCGAAGAGAGCGCAACAUUGGAGAGAGCAAUUACGCAUGGUUCUGAUAGAGAAUGAAUGCGAAACUGUAUCCAACAAUUCCAAAACGCCCGGUUGGUCUCAUUUUGCUACCAUUUAGAGCAUCAACUGGAUUACCAUAAGGGAGCGACGAGAACGGAGCACUGUAGCAACAACGUCUUUACAAUUGAGGAAUAAGAGAUUUUGCUCCGAUAAUUGAAUCAUUUACUUUUCAUCAAAACACAAAUAUUUGUAUGUAUUUCGAGGUGUAUUUCCAAGGACACAUACAUUAAAGCGCGGUUAGCCGUCUUUAGGUCCACUUGGAUUUGAGCAUAUUGACACUUUAUUAGUUAUCCUGAUGGAAACUGCUUCAAAAGCUCGUCGGCUAUCCAAUGUGUCCACGGCAUCUAACGUGUCCAAUGUGUCCACGUCCAGUGCUGGCACUGAGGUAGGACAGAGCGAUGUGCAGAUUUGGGGGGACAGACCUUUACCUGUCGACUACCUUGGUGACAUCUCGAUCCUGGAUGACGGGAGAUGGUCUAACUCGAGCGUGAAGAAACAUCACCACAAGCACAACCUGAAGCACCGCUACGAACUGCUGGAGACACUGGGGAAAGGGACAUACGGCAAAGUGAAGAAAGCCAUCGAGAGACAAUCCGGCAAAGUGGUGGCCAUUAAGUCUAUCAGGAAGGAGAAGAUCAAGGAUGAUCAGGACAUGGUUCACAUUCGCAGAGAGAUCGAGAUCAUGUCCUCCCUCAAACACCCUCACAUCAUCUCCAUCUACGAAGUGUUUGAGAACAAGGACAAGAUAGUGAUCGUGAUGGAAUACGCCAGUAAGGGAGAGCUGUAUGAUUACAUCAGCGAGCGACGGCGGCUGAGCGAGAGAGAGACACGACACUUCUUCAGGCAGAUUGUUUCCGCCGUGCACCACUGUCACAAGAACGGAGUGGUGCACAGGGAUUUAAAACUGGAAAACGUGCUGCUGGACGAAAACUGUAAUAUCAAGAUUGCUGACUUUGGUCUGUCCAACCUUUACCACAAAGACGAGCUCCUUCAGACGUUCUGUGGCAGCCCUCUGUACGCCUCACCAGAGAUCGUCAACGGCAGGCCCUACCAUGGUCCAGAGGUAGACAGUUGGGCCCUGGGAGUGCUUCUCUACACCCUGGUCUAUGGGACCAUGCCCUUCGAUGGGGAAGACCACAAUAAACUCAUCCGCCAGAUCACCAACGGAGAGUACAGGGAACCUACACAGUCAUCAGAUGCUCGUGGUCUGAUCCGCUGGAUGUUGAUGGUUAACCCGGAGCGUCGAGCCACGGUGGAAGACAUCGCCAACCACUGGUGGGUCAAUUGGGGCUGGAAGACCACUGUGUGUGACUGUGACGUCCAGAAGGACAACAGUGGCUGCAUCUCUUCUCCAACGCUAGCACGCUUUAUCGACUGGCAGAACCGCACCACAGAGUCACCCAGGGUGGCGCUGGUCAAGCCUCCCCGCUCGGAACACCCCGCCGUACCCCCCCAUGCUGGCCGCCAGCGCCUGAGGAAGUCCAGGAAGGAGAAUGAUAGCGGAGCGCUCCACCAUCACACCGCGUGGGAAGACAAAGACAAACCAGGACUGAAGAGGCCCAAGGGGAUCCUGAAGAUGCAUGUGUCUGAGCAGAGGUCCCACAGCCUGGGGGAGAUCGAGCUGAGUCGCUCCCUGCACUUCCACGAGGGAAGGGAGCUGCCCUCCAGCCCCGAGAGGGAUGAGGAGGAGGACGAUGAUCAGGAUCGCCUGGGGGUCUCGCCGGCCAAAAUGGUGCCCAUCCUCCCCAAGAAGGGCAUCCUGAAGAACAACCAGCAGCGGGAGUCUGGCUACUACUCCUCCCCGGAGCGCAGUGAGUCCUCUGAACUGCUAGGGGGCAGCACCUCCAUGACCCCACCCGCCAGCUCACCAACAAAGAGGUCCAUGGGGAGAAAGGGCAUAUUGAAGCGUAAUGGGAAGUACGGCAACUCCACUUCCUUCCACAGUGGCUUGUCCAAUAUGAGCUUCCACGGAGAGACUCCAGGGGACUCAGGCCUCUCUCGCAGCCAGAGUAAACCCUCCAGUAUUGUCUGUGAGGAGAUGGGUCUCUCCAGUGUUCCCCCCUUAAUGGGAAUGGAUUGGUCUCCCUCGUCCCCGCAGCCACACGUCAGGGCCUGUAUGUCGGCUGAGGAUCUACUCCAGCUGGCAGGCUUCAGACGGGGGCUCCAGACGGCUGCAGGGGGGCUCCAUGGGGGGAAGGUGGGGACCCGAGGGACACCAGGGUCUCCUGGGGAUGACGGCAGCUUCUCUCUGCUAGGGGACAUGGAUGAUAUGACCCAGGUCUACCAACACACCCUGGACAUCAGCAGCAAUCUGACCUAGAGGAGGUGGAGUUGGGAGUUUGGAAGGGAAGGGACAUGGGAAGGACAGACACACACUUGAACCUUCAUUUCUGGGUUAGGACUGGCCAGGUGUGUUGUGAACUGGGCAUCCCAGCCACCUUAAUGUACUGAAUCUACCCUCUCAGAGACAGUGCUGCUGUAAAUCUUUAUAUGUUCAACAAAGCUAAAUAAAUAUUGUGUUGUAUGUCAUUCAGAGUCACAAACCAUGCUGUGGUGAAGCUCAAUGUAAUGGACAGUUAGGACUACUGUUCAUGUUAUCUCAAUGUAACAGACAGUUAGGACUACUGUUCAUGUUAUCUCAAUGUAACAGACAGUUAGGACUACUGUUCAUGUUAUCUCAAUGUAACAGACAGUUAGGACUACUGUUCAUGUUAUCUCAAUGUAACAGACAGUUAGGACUACUGUUCAUGUUAUCUCAAUGUAACAGACAGUUAGGACUACUGUUCAUGUUAUCUCAAUGUAACAGACAGUUAGGACUACUGUUCAUGUUAUCUCAAUGUAACAGACAGUUAGGACUACUGUUCAUGUUAUCUCAAUGUAACAGACAGUUAGGACUACUGUUCAUGUUAUCUCAAUGUAACAGACAGUUAGGACUACUGUUCAUGUUAUCUCAAUGUAACAGACAGUUAGGACUACUGUUCAUGUUAUCUCAAUGUAACAGACAGUUAGGACUACUGUUCAUGUUAUCUCAAUGUAACAGACAGUUAGGACUACUGUUCAUGUUAUCUCAAUGUAACAGACAGUUAGGACUACUGUUCAUGUUAUCUCAAUGUAACAGACAGUUAGGACUACUGUUCAUGUUAUCUCAAUGUAACAGACAGUUAGGACUACUGUUCAUGUUAUCUCAAUGUAACAGACAGUUAGGACUACUGUUCAUGUUAUCUCAAUGUAACAGACAGUUAGGACUACUGUUCAUGUUAUCUCAAUGUAACAGACAGUUAGGACUACUGUUCAUGUUAUCUCAAUGUAACAGACAGUUAGGACUACUGUUCAUGUUAUCUCAAUGUAACAGACAGUUAGGACUACUGUUCAUGUUAUCUCAAUGUAACAGACAGUUAGGACUACUGUUCAUGUUAUCUCAAUGUAACAGACAGUUAGGACUACUGUUCAUGUUAUCUCAAUGUAACAGACAGUUAGGACUACUGUUCAUGUUAUCUCAAUGUAACAGACAGUUAGGACUACUGUUCAUGUUAUCUCAAUGUAACAGACAGUUAGGACUACUGUUCAUGUUAUCUCAAUGUAACAGACAGUUAGGACUACUGUUCAUGUUAUCUCAAUGUAACAGACAGUUAGGACUACUGUUCAUGUUAUCUCAAUGUAACAGACAGUUAGGACUACUGUUCAUGUUAUCUCAAUGUAACAGACAGUUAGGACUACUGUUCAUGUUAUCUCAAUGUAACAGACAGUUAGGACUACUGUUCAUGUUAUCUCAAUGUAACAGACAGUUAGGACUACUGUUCAUGUUAUCUCAAUGUAACAGACAGUUAGGACUACUGUUCAUGUUAU